AUGGUGGAGGCUGCUAUGGCCGACACCUGCGGGAACAAAAACAAGCGUUUCAAUAUCGGAGCGGGGAAGGCGAAUGGAGCUGGAGCCGGAGAUGGAGACGACACGGAAGACGAGGAGUGUGACGUGGAGGUCUGGGAUACGCUACGCUAUAGCUUUAAGAAGGCGCAGGCCGUAUUGGAUCAGAACCGGGAACUCAUCAAGAAAGUGAACGAGAAUCACCAGUCAAAGAUUCCUGAUAAUCUUGUUAAGAACGUCGGGUUGAUACGGGAGAUCAACGGAAAUAUCUCAAAGGUCGUUGAGAUUUACUCCGGUUUAUCGGUCAAUUUCUCGGACACGGUUCGUCAGCGCAAAAAGAUAGGGAACAGGAAGGUGGAAAACAGGCGCUCUUGAACUGAAUUCGAGUAAUUUUCCGAAAAUCCUUUAGCUUUCGUCUUCUGAUUAAGGUUCAAGCUUUUACAUUGUUAGUCAGGUUGUUUGUGUCAGUGUGUCGUUUGUUUUGUUCAAUAAAAGUUUCAGUUUCAGGUGUUGUUUUUACGAGUCAAGUUGUCCUCUGUUUUACUGUAAGUCAUUUGUGAACUAAACUCUGAUGGGACCAUGUUUUCACAUUUAAGCUUAAUGUUAAGCUGACGGUGGUUGUGCUUAA